GGUGUAUCAAAGGAUAGCCCCACAAUGUGACCACGUCAGGCACAAGGCUUGGCCGAACGUCAAACAGUUUCUGAAGGGUCUUCAACCAGGGUCCCUGGUCGCUGAUGUAGGUGAGUGCAUCAAAUCUGAAGGGUCUUUAACCAGGGUCUCUAGUCGCUGAUGUAGGUGAGUGCAUCAAAUCUGAAGGGUCUUUAACCAGGGUCCCUGGUCGCUGAUGUAGGUGAGUGCAUCAAAUCUGAAGGGUCUUUAACCAGGGUCUCUGGUCGCUGAUGUAGGUGAGUGCGUCUAAUCUGAAGGGUCUUUAACCAGGGUCUCUGGUCGCUGAUUUAGGUGAGUGCGUCUAAUCUGAAGGGUCUUUAAUCAGGGUCCCUGGUCGCUGAUGUAGGUGAGUGCAUCAAAUCUGAAGGGUCUUCAACCAGGGUCCCUGGUCGCUGAUGUAGGUGAGUGCGUCUAAUCUGAAGGGUCUUCAACCAGGGCCUCUGGUCGCUGAUGUAGGUGAGUGCAUCUAAUGGCAUUUCAAUCUAAUCAUGUUUGGAUAUUCUAAGGAGUUCAUGUAAAGAUUAUUGAAUUCUUUUAUAAAUGGAUGUAAUGGUGUAUUUUGCAUAUCUUUUAUUGGAUAUAAAUGUAAUACUGCAAUUUGUGUGUGUAAGUGUCAAGUGUAUUGUUGUCAUAGCUUCCAUUGUAGAGCAGCAAAAGUGAUACACAGGCAGAAACUUAGGGGCAGACAGCUCACCGGUCGACCAAGACUGAGAUGGAUCGACGAUGUCGAGAAGAACUUACACCAGCUGAGUGAGGGAUUUCGCGCAUGGAGGCGGAAAGCCAUGGAUCGAUCCAAAUCGAAGGAUGUGGUGAAGCAGGCCAGGGCCCAACAUGGGCUGUAACACCACUGAUGACAUGAUGAUGGACGUGGCAAAAGUAUUGGCUCGCCCCAGGCGGCACGGCACGCACACUUACCGGAACGGAAAACCUCGAUUAUAUUACAUACAAACUGGUCUAGGCAAAUUUAAAUACAUUUUGCUCUUCUUUUCGUAUUGAGAUAAUAUUUAACAAGUUCAUUAAGAAAAAACUCAAAAUAUUCAGUAAGUUUUCUUAUGGCAGUCUAUGUUGAGACAUGUGUUCUUUGAUUUAACAGAACAACAGUAUCAGUGGCGCAGGGUUAGUGCUGCACGGGGUGGGCCCAUAUAUCAGUCGCUACGGAAGGAAAAAGUAUUCAGUUGACCUGGAUUCUAAAAUGACGCCUUUAAAGAUAAAGAAAAAAAUACUGCCUGGAACGGACCUUAACCUCCCCGUUCUCCAGCUCCCCUCAACACCCCUUCUACUCCUGUAACGAGUAUGGAUAUAGCCUGACCUAGAGGCUUAGCCGUGGCAUAGUUCAUUGAUUUGAACAAAUUCUCAAACCUUUGUGUCCGCUACUUCUGUUAAGCCAGUGCACAAAUAUUUCAGUGCAAUGACUUCCAAACGGUCAGAAAGGUUACAAUCUAUUGUGGGACAGAAUUCAGUUGAGUCAUUGGUUUUGUUUUGUGAGACAAUAUAACGAAACUUGGACGUCAGCAGGAGAAGAAUAUCAAGAAAUGAUUUAAGUUAUAUUGGUUGGUUAGCUUCAUAUAUAGACAGUCCAGUGUUACCAGGUAUAUAUAAGUUCAUAUAAGCAUACCGCUGCUAUAUAUAAGUUCAUAUAAGCAUACAGCUGCUAUAUAUAAGUUCAUAUAAGCAUACCGCUGCUAUAUAUAAGUUCAUAUAAGCAUACCGCUGCUAUAUAUAAGUUCAUAUAAGCAUACCGCUGCUAUAUAUAAGUUCAUAUAAGCAUACCACUGCUAUAUAUAAGUUCAUAUAAGCAUACAGCUGCUAUAUAUAAGUUCAUAUAAGCAUACCGCUGCUAUAUAUAAGUUCAUAUAAGCAUAACGCUACUAUAUAUAAGUUCAUAUAAGCAUACCGCUGCUAUAUUAAGUUCAUAUAAGCAUACCGCUGCUAUAUUAAGUUCAUAAAAGCAUACCGCUGCUAUAUAUAAGUUCAUAUAAGCAUACCGCUGCUAUAUAGAAGUUCAUAUAAGCAUACCGCUGCUAUAUUAAGUUCAUAUAAGCAUACAGCUGCUAUAUGUAAGUUCUUAUAAGCAUACCGCUGCUAUAUACAAGUUCUUUUAAGCUUACCGCUGCUAUGUAUAAGUUCAUAUAAGCAUACCGCUGGAUUAUACGUAAGGUCUGGUUCGACCGAGAUCGUCCCGGCAGCUGUGUCCCGGCCGGGAUGAUAUUCUGUCCCAGUUUCAUUCCUAUUUUUUUUUUUUUAAAUAAAUGACAUUGCCUAUGUCAGAUGGUUCGCAGACAUCGUCAUUAUUAGAUCCUGAAUGGUAUGAAAUUCCAAAUUUAAUGUAACUAAGAUCAAAUGACAUUUGCAAAGACUGUCAAGUUCUGAGCUUGCAAUUAUGCAACUUGCGUUUAUGUUUUAUCCGAGAACGUCCUUGAAUCAAAAGUUGCUCUGUAACCAAUGACCCCACGCUCCUGCAGGAAUUUGCAUUCAGUUACUUCUCAUGAAUUUAAUCAAUUAUUUACCAUUACUGAGUCGUUCAGAAGUUUUGGGUGUAAAAAAAAAAAAGAUGUCGUAGAAAGUCAUUUAGUUGGAUCAUGUCUUAGAAAGUCAUUUAGUUGGAUCAUGUCUUAGAAAGUCAUUUAGUUGGAUCAUGUCUUAGAAAGUCAUUUAGUUGGAUCAUGUCUUAGAAAGUCAUUUAGUUGGAUCAUGUCUUAGAAAGUCAUUUAGUUGGAUCAUGUCUUAGAAAGUCAUUUAGGUGGAUCAUGUCUUAGAAAGUCAUUUAGUUGGAUCAUGUCUUAGAAAGUCAUUUAGUUGGAUCAUGUCUUAGAAAGUCAUUUAGUUGGAUCAUGUCUUAGAAAGUCAUUUAGUUGGAUCAUGUCUUAGAAAGUCAUUUAGGUGGAUCAUGUCUUAGAAAGUCAUUUAGUUGGAUCAUGUCUUAGAAAGUCAUUUAGGUGGAUCAUGUCUUAGAAAGUCAUUUAGGUGGAUCAUGUCUUAGAAAGUCAUUUAGUUGGAUCAUGUCUUAGAAAGUCAUUUAGUUGGAUCAUGUCUUAGAAAGUCAUUUAGUUGGAUCAUGUCUUAGAAAGUCAUUUAGGUGGAUCAUGUCUUAGAAAGUCAUUUAGGUGGAUCAUGUCUUAGAAAGUCAUUUAGGUUGAUCAUGUCUUAGAAAGUCAUUUAGUUGGAUCAUGUCUUAGAAAGUCAUUUAGUUGGAUCAUGUCUUAGCAAGUCAUUUAGGUGGAUCAUGUCUUAGAAAGUCAUUUAGUUGGAUCAUGUGUUACAAAGUCAUUUAGUUGGAUCAUGUCUUAGAAAGUCAUUUAGUUGGAUCAUGUGUUACAAAGUCAUUUAGUUGGAUCAUGUGUUACAAAGUCAUUUAGUUGGAUCAUGUCUUAGAAAGUCAUUUAGUUGGAUCAUGUCUUAGAAAGUCAUUUAGUUGGAUCAUGUGUUACAAAGUCAUUUAGUUGGAUCAUGUCUUAGAAAGUCGUUUAGUUGGAUCAUUUAAUUGUAGGGUCAAGUGCUAAUAUGAAAUCAUGAAAAGUCUUUGUUUCCCCAAAUACCCCAUACACAGGAAGUGGAUAUGCAGUCUUUGUGUGAUAUACAGUGGCGUAUCUAUAAACUAAUUGAUACCAGGGGGAACUACAAAAAUUUCACCCUAUCACAGACAUGUAACAUACACUGUUCGCAUUAAACAUUUUAAAAAGUGUCACAUGUGGUAACUAUCAUCCCACCCCUCACCCCAUUUUUAGAAACAAGAGCAAAAAACAAGAAUUGACGAACUUUGUUGGUUGCAAAAUCUAACGUUGAUUUACAGCAUAAUUUUAAAAAAAAAAAAUAAUAAAGAAGGACAUUUUAAACACAGGAUUAUUUCAAAUUUGGGGAAAAGAGUUUCGGGGGGGGGGGGGGGGAAAAAACUGCUAUGACUGGAAACGCAGGCCAACAAAGUUCUGAGUUAACUAAUCAGACGAUUGAUCAUUGAUAGUCUUAAAGAAUCUACAAAGCCUCGUGCAAAAUGAACUUAUGUAGUCUUUUUGUAGUUUUGUAAUGGUUCUGUAGUGGUCUUCUGGUGGUCUUGUAUAAGUCUUGUAGUGGUCUUGUAUUAGUCUUGUAGUAGUCUUGCAGUAGUCUUGUAGUAGUCUUGUAGUGGUUUUGUAGUGGUCUUGUAAUAGUCUUGUAGUAGUCUUGUAGUAGUCUUGUAGUAGUCUUGUAGUAGUCUUGUAGUGGUCUUGUAGUGGUCUUGUAGUGGUCUUGUAGUGGUCUUUCAGUAGUCUUGUAGUGGUGUUGUAGUAGCCUUGUAGUAGUCUUGUAAUAGCCUUGUAGUGGUCUUGUAGUGGUCUUGUAGUAGUCUUGCAGUAGUCUUGUAGUAGUCUUGUAGUGGUCUUGUAGUGCUCUUGUAGUAGCCUUGUAUUGUGGUCUUGUAGUGGUCUUGUAGUGGUCUUGUAGUGAUCUUUCAGUAGUCUUGUAGUGGUCUUGUAGUAACCUUGUAGUAGUCUUGUAAUAGCCUUGUAGUGGUCUUGUAGUAGCCUUGUAGUAGUCUUGUAGUAGUCUUGUAGUAGCCUUGUAGUAGUCUUGUAGUGGUCUUGUAGUAGCCUUGUAGUAGUCUUGUAGUAGCCUUGUAAUGGCCUUGUAGUGGUCUUGUAGUAGUCUUGUAGUAGUCUUGUAGUAGUCUUUUAGUAGUUUUGUAGUAGUCUUGUAGUAGCCUUGUAGUAGUCUUGUAGUAGUCUUGUAGUAGCCUUGUAGUAGUCUUGUAGUAGUCUUGUAGUUGUUUUGUAAUAGCCUUGUAGUAGUCUUGUAGUAGCCUUGUAGUGGCCUUGUAGUGGUCUUGUAGUAGUCUUGUAGUAGUCUUGUAGUAGCCUUGUAGUAGUCUUGUAGUAGCCUUGUAGUGGCCUUGUAGUAGCCUUGUAGUAGUCUUGUAGUAGCCUUGUAGUGGUCUUGUAGUAGCUUUGUAGUAGUCUUGUAGUAGUCUUGUAGUAGUCUUGUAGUAGCCUUGUAGUAGCCUUGUAGUAGCCUUGUAGUGGUUUUGAAGUUAAGACGCUACAAUGAUUCAGGUAUGACAUAAACGUUCUUAUUGUUUACAACAGGUUGCGGAAGUGGCAGGUACCUCAGUGUCAACCCACAAGUGCUGAAGUUCGGAUCCGACAUCUGCCGACCAUUUUUGGACCAAGCCAGAUGUCAAGGUCACGAGGUCCUCAUGGCUGACAACAUGACCUUGCCCUACAGAGACGGAGUCUUUGAUGCAGUUUGUUCUAUUGGUACAUAUGUAUUUGUAUGUGCCGGUGGCGCUCAAAGCUUUCACUGACCUGUGUCCCCAUUAUGUAUUCAAAACAUUAACGUUGUCUCUAAAGAUGAAUAGAAAACGCAAUUAGACAUAUUUCAGACAUCCUUCAGAUAUCCUUCAGACAUCCUUCAGAAAAAAAUGUUAAACUCUUUCAGGAAAAUGUGUCAAUUACUUUUUGAACGUUUCACACAUUCACUCACUGACACUCUCACACAUUUACUCACUAUGACUCACGGACGGAGUCACACGACACUAGCAUUACUGCUACUCAUAAUCUUCGAAUAAAAAGCACACUCAGAUGCCCAAUCACACAUACGACAAACACACAGCACAAGAUCUGGGGACUGCGCGCUACAUUUCAAAUCAUGACAAACUAAUUAACCGUUUUAAAACUAAAGCUCUCUCUUCUAAACUACUGUUGUUGCUUUUUAAAAAAAAAAAAAUAACAAUCUUAUCGAUACGACUGGACCGCUCAAUCAAAACGAAAGAGUUUUUGAUGAAAGCUUAAACAGUAACUGACAAAUGGUGCGUGUAUGUAAACCUGUCAGCAAUUUUUCUUCAUUUCAAUUUAUCAUUAACUUUUUGACUCGAUCUGGGGCUUUAUAAUUGAGUUACUUUGUGAAAGAAAGAAAUUUGAAUCUUCCAAUGGUACGGCCCCGCCCACUCAAUGUCUUCUACGUCUACUCUUGGUAAAUAGCUCCCUCCCCACACCUUAAUAACAAUACCGACAUUAUAGUUGUUCCUAGCAGUGGCGUAGGAAGGGAGUGCAGAAAGGGGGGGGGGUACAUUUUUUUCCUUUAAACUUAGUGCGUUUUGGGCCAACUGUAGAGAUUUUGCGUGGAAGGAGACGGCAAAAUCUUAGAGCACCCUUGGUGACCCUCACCCUAGCUACGCCACUACUUCCUAGUAUCUAUGACAUAUGAUAUUACCAUUCUCCUCCUGUCUUGAAAAAAGAUCAGAUUUUAAAAUAACGUUGCAAGAGCCGGCGCCCGUCCAAUGGGAUUGAAAUUAAAAUGUACCAGUGCUGAUAGUAAUUUUCAACUUGACUUAUUUUGUUCUUAUUGAAAUCUCCAGGUGUCAUCCAUCAUUUUGCGUCACUGGACAGAAGAGUUAACGCCCUUAGGGAAUUGUCUCGAGUUUUGGCCCCUGGAGGCAAAUUGAUGGUGUACGUGUGGGCUUUCGAACAAACCAACAGAAAAGUAAGUCAGGGGCGUGGAAGGUGAAUGUGUCGAACAAACCAGCAGAAAAGUAAGUCAGGGGCGUGGAAGGUGAAUGUGUCGAACAAACGAGCAGAAAAGUAAGUCAGGGGCGUGGAAGGUGAAUGUGUCGAACAAACCAACAGAAAAGUAAAUGAGGGGCGUGGAAGGUGAAUGUGUCGAACAAACCAAGAGAAAAGUAAGUCAGGGGCGUGGAAGGUGAAUGUGUCGAACAAACCAACAGAAAAGUAAGUCAGGGGCGUGGAAGGUGAAUGUGAAGAUAGGUCAUACAGUUAAACAGAAGGUAAGUUAGACUUACAUAAAAUACUUUAACUGAGACAUUUAAGGCGUUUCAGACACGAAAGAUAAAGAAGACGUACAAAAGAUAAUUGUGAAGCGGAAAUGGUAAUAGACACAAACCUAGUUGAGACACGUGGUGAAAGUAAGGCAGAAGGGCUUAAAUGAGACACAGUGAGGAUAAGUAAGACACUGGGGGCUAGGUAAGACCUACAGAGUGUGACACACACAUUGGAAAAGAAAAGACAACAUGAAUAUAGGGAGACACGCACUAAUUGAUUUUAAAAUCAAUCGUUCCAGUGAUUCACAGAAUGUGUCGAGUCUUUUAAGAUAGAACAAUAAUCUAAAAAAAAAACCCAAAAAACUAUUUAUCGAUACAUAUUUACAAAGUACAAUAGGAUCACUAAGUGAAAGGAGAAUUAUAACAAACAAAUUACUUGCAAAGUCUUUGAAUACUUUUUGGCUACAACGAAACCAAAAUGAUUUUUUCUGAAAUGAUAAUAAUUUCCAGUUUUUUGCCGUUGAAGUCUUCACGUGUUUCACUUUGCAAUGAACAAAAUGCUAAAAGUUCAGCUUUUAUCUUCCUCAAAGUACAAACACAAAUUAAUAGGAGGAAGAGAUACUAUCUCUAAGACACCAGUGGUGAUCAAUAUGAAAAAAGAAAAUUUAAAAAAAAAACAUUCACUUAUAACUUAUACAUUGCUCGACAACUACAUGUACUCUAUUGCUGUUCUAAGGCUGUUUUAAUGUCGAACUUUGUUGCAAAUAAUGCUUCUUAAUGAAGUGUCCCCUAGUUUCAACCAAUGUUACAUCAGAUGACAGCUGUAGAUUUAAAAAAACAACAACAAUUUUUGCAUAAAGUCCGUAAGCCAGAGAGCGUCACAAUCUCCGCUAGACAAGGAGGAUGACGCCGAGUUACUAAUGGCGACCGAUGCUUGGAAUGAGACGACAUCCUUCAAACAGUAUAAAGCUAAUGGGUUUUUUAUUCCACCCCCCCCCCAUGUUCCGUCUUCCAUUGUAUCAGCAACGUGUCUAGAGUAAUUGAUGUGUACGACGUGUCUAGAGUAAUUGAUGUGCACAACGUGUCUAGAGUAAUUGAUGUGCAUUCCCAAAGAUGCAAACAACGUUUCAUAACGCUGGGGUCCAAGAUUACCUACCUGUAUUAAAAUGACGUUACAUGACGUUUACCAAUAGUUAUCUUUUGUGUGUAUAAACUAUCAACUUUUUGUGUGUAAUUUAAAUCAAUUAUGUCAUCGAUAUUGUUAUACAUGCAAUCUUUAUGUUUACCUAUUCUAUUUUCAAAUAUUUAGUGUAUAGUGUAUAUGACUAUGUUUUAUUAUAUAUUAUUUUCAAUUAUAAAGUUUCCUUUCUAUUGUUUCCUAUUGACUAUUUUAUCGUGUAUAAUAUCAAUUAGUUCUUCGGUAAUUUGUCCAUUAUUUCGUCUCUAUUGAUGAUCCAUAAUUUCCUGUUUAUUUAAAGCUUAAUAUUCUAACUACUGACUAUCAUUUUGUUUCUAUCAUUUUGUUUUUUAUUCCUUAUGAUUUCUUAUUGUAUAUUUCAGUUCAACUGUCAGGACGUACUCAUCCCAUGGGUCCGACCAAAUACCAAAAGUUUGUAGAUAUUAAAGUUGUUUAUCUUAAGUAAAUGUAUACGUCGCUUAAUGUCAGCCGUCUAGCACAUUCAUGGUAGUGGUGAUAGCACCGUGAUUGUGGUCUAGGAUUUUGAUCGCAUUCUUACACCGUGCUGGUAGACUUGCAUUGUGAUAGCAUUCUUACACCGUGCUGGUAGACUAGCAUUGUGAUGACAUUCUUACACCGUGCUGGUAGACUAGCAUUGUGAUGGCAUUCUUACACCGUGCUGGUAGACUAGCAUUGUGAUAGCAUUCUUACACCGUGCUGGUAGACUAGCAUUGUGAUGGAAUUCUUACACUGUGCUGGUAGACUAGCAUUGUGAUAUCAUUCUUACACCGUGCUGGUAGACUAGCAUUGUGAUGGCAUUCUUACACCGUGCUGGUAGACUAGCAUUGUGAUGGCAUUCUUACACCGUGCUGGUAGACUAGCAUUGUGAUGUUAUUCUUACACCGUGCUGGUAGACUAGCAUUGUGAUGGAAUUCUUACACCGUGCUGGUAGACUAGCAUUGUGAUAGCAUUCUUACACCGUGCUGGUAGACUAGCAUUGGGAUGGCAUUCUUACACCGUGCUGGUAGACUAGCAUUGGGAUGGCAUUCUUACACCGUGAUGGUAGACUAGCAUUGUGAUGGCAUUCUUACACCGUGCUGGUAGACUAGCAUUGUGAUGGCAUUCUUACACCCUGCUGUUAGACUAGCAUUGUGAUGGUAUUCUUACACCGUGCUGGUAGACUAGCAUUGUGAUGGCAUUAUUACACCAUGCUGUUAGACUAGCAUUGUGAUGGUAUUCUUACACCGUGCUGGUAGACUAGCAUUGUGAUGGCAUUCUUACACCGUGCUGGUAGACUACCAUUGUGAUGUUAUUCUUACACCGUGCUGGUAGACUAGCAUUGUGAUGGAAUUCUUACAACCUGCAGUUAGACUAGCAUUGUGAUGGCAUUCUUACACCGUGCUGGUAGACUACCAUUGUGAUGUUAUUCUUACACCGUGCUGGUAGACUAGCAUUGUGAUGGAAUUCUUACAACCUGCAGUUAGACUAGCAUUGUGAUGGCAUUGUUACACCAUGCUGGUAGACUGGCAUUGUGAAGUGGUUACUGAUAUGUGUUUUAUUAAGUUAAAACCGUGUUCAAUCUAAUUUCUUUCAAGUUUAUCUUUAGUGAAAUUUUCAUAAACAUAGGCAAUCAGUUGCGUCAUGACGAAGUAAACAUAUGCAAACAGUAAUAUUAUGCCCAGGUAAACAUAGGCAAUCAGUUGUAUUAUGCUACAGUAAACAUAGUCAAUCAUUUGUAUUAUGCCCAGGUAAACAUAUGCAAUCAGUUGUAUUAUGCCCAGGUAAACAUAGACAAUCAGUUGUAUUAUGCCCAGGUCAACAUAGACAAUCAGUUGUAUUAUGCCCAGGUAAACAUAGACAAUCAGUUGUAUUAUGCCCAGGUAAACAUAGACAAUCAGUUGUAUUAUGCCCAGGUAAACAUAGACAAUCAGUUGUAUUAUGCCCAGGUAAACAUAGACAAUCAGUUGUAUUAUGCCCAGGUAAACAUAGACAAUCAGUUGUAUAAUGCCACAGUAAACAUAGGCAAUCAUUUGUAUUAUGCCCAAGUAAACAAAGGCAAUCAGUUGUAGUAUGCCCAAGUUUUCUUUCUUAUGCCUCGGAGUUGAAUGAUUAAGUAAUGAUUGAAUUAUUAAGUGGUGAUUGAAUUAUUAAGUGGUGAUUUGUACGAGUUUAGUGUCAUAUGUCUAUUUCAAAGACUUAAUAGGUGAAUACUGAUAGUAUUGAAUACUUUUGAGUGCUAUAAACAAAUAAGUCCUAUCCAACCAAACAAAAGCAGAUGCUAUGAGUUUUAGAGAUACAUGAAUUAUUUCCUUUGCUUCGCUCGAUACCAUUAUUAAAUUAAUAAUUUUAAUUAUUUAUAAAUCAAGGUAACUCAAGGCUUAACCUCUAUGACCCGGACCGGAACACUAACACCAGCUGUUCGGCAGACGACAGCGAGUAUCCAAAAGGGACGUCACCCUUGCCCUCUCAUCACAGGGCCCACAGGAAGAGAGUUAAGUCCCAGGGUGCCUGGGAAGUCACGAGACGAGAAAAAAGCAAGGGUAAUAACGACAUACCCACACGUGGACAGGGUGAUAACGACAUACCCACACGUGGCCAGGGUAAAAUCGACAUACCCACACGUGGCCAGGGUAAUAUCGACAUAGCCACACGUGGACAAGGGGAUAACAUGGAUGGUCUUGGAACGUAUCCAAGAAGACGCAUCUUCUCUGACGACGGCCUUUACUCAAAACGUGACUCUCUACGGUUUGGGGCAGAAGAUCUCCUAGCUGGCAACGACAUCGAGGUGGGCAGAGUUCUGAGCGUGAGUGACCGGAAGUUGACCAGACGGACUGCGGGCAGUGAAACCCGUCAACUUGAAAGCGGUGAUGCGGUUAUCACCCCAUGGGGACUGAGUGAUUCUGAGGUCGUGGGAGGUAAAUUAGCAAAGCUCCCGAGUCAACUGGUG